GCGGGACGUCAUUUCUGUUAUGGAUAUCCUUCUUUCGAAGGUCUUCAAUAUGCAAUGACACAUGGGAUCCCAAGUCGGGAUGAAUAUAAGGGUUUUUGCUGUGGAAGUAACAACCGUCCUAAAGGAGUUCUCGGGGAUAAUGUGAGACUUAGGCAUGUCUUGAAUGAUGUGAAGAAAAUUCGUGAUGUGAACACUGCAUCGGAUUACUUGAAAAUCCAGCCAAUACUAGGAUCCUUGGCUGUCUUCCAUCCUGAGUACUAUGAAGUCGGAGACGGCAAGUAUCGUGGACCUACAUCAGAAAAGUCUAGGUUCAGAGCAUGGCAUGCGAUUUCCAUACGCGCAAUUAAAGUGAUAGAUGGGGAGACAAUCGCCUUUGUGAAGGACAGGUCCUUCGUCGCGGAGUUGACGGUUAUUUCCAAGUUUCCAUGGAUGUGAUGGUCUUGCAAUUGAAGACUUCAAAGAGAAAUAAGAAAUGGGAAAUUCCAAUGCCAUCUAGAUUGUUUAGGAGCUUCACAUAUGGAGAAGUUCGAAAAGAAUAUGAGAAAGAAGUUAUCGAAUACUAUGUUGAUGGUGAAAAGAAUUAUGACCAAGUCACUGGAUCGGAAAAGUCAACAUUCUUGAUUCUUGAAGGGAUUUUCAACAACACAUCUGGGAAUGUGUUUGACAAUGAGGAUGGUGAAAACGAGAUCAUUGGUAACCCAGUAGACAGAGCCAUAUUUAAAUGGGCGAUACAGUUGCAAUUAAGGACGAAUUCGUCUUAUAGCAAGUCUGGUUCCUCAACUAUUAAAGGCUCCCCACGUAAUUCACAACGCAAAGGCCGAUUCAUUGUUGGUCGAGGCAUUGUCGUCCAUUUUCAAAAGAAAAGUAAUUAUAGGGGCGUUCGAGUUCAUUGGAAAGGCAAUGCCAAUUUCCUUCUCGAUAAAUGCACCAAAUAUUAUUCUAAAGGUCUAAUGUUAGAGAUGACUGAAGCAAAGGUAACAGAACUCAAAGAUGCUAUCAAGGAUAUGACUGCAAAGAACUUGAUAUGCAGAGCUCUUGCGUUUAAAAAGAUUAAUAAAAAGAAACAUAUGCCACGUAAAAAGAUUGAAAGAAAGAAGUGGGUUUUUCCAUGUGAAGACCUUGUUCUGUUGGCUAUUUUUGGCAUUAAGGAUCCAUGUCUAUCAGAUGAAUAUGAUGUAGUACAGGCACCGAUAGAAUUUGAGGAUGAUGAAGAGGAUGAUGAAGAAUUUGAGGAUGAUGAAGAAUUUGAGGAUGAUGAAGAGGAUGAUGAAGAGGAUGAUGAAGACGAUGCCAAUAAAUCUCAAUUGGCUGAUAUGGUUGAUAGUGGAAUAUGUCCACCAAUUCCAGAUGGCUUGAAGAAGUUUGCUGUUCGGACAAUUGGUGCAGUGGAUAAUUCUGAAGAAAAACUCAACUAUGAGCAGGGGUUCGUGAGAGACUUUGUGCCAAGUGCUUUAGCUUCACUUGAAUGCCAGGAGAUACGAAGUUUGUGCCAAGGAUUUAAUAUCCUUCCUACUCUCUUAUAUGAUGGUUGCUGUUUGAAUGAUCCUGGGACGGGAGUUUAUGGGUUCCCAAUAGAGAUUCAAGCUCUUUUCUCUAUGGCCUUAAGGAGUGCCGUGCUACUGCUUGAAGAAGAUGGAGAAGGUACAGAAAUGGAAGAGAUUAUUAAGCAACGUAAUGAAGUUUUUGGAUAUACGACAGAGGAAUACUCUCACAGUGCUGUCAACAAGUUCAGCGUAACCCCAGAUCUCACAGAAUCUCGAGGGAAAGCGUUGGUUGGAGAAAGGCCACUGAAAGUUUGCUACCCUACAAACAGCCUAUGGAGCUACCACAAUGGAGGAUCCUCCUGGCCAGUGCUUACAUGGCGGCUACUGACGGCUACUUGUAUCAAAACUGGUCGAACUCAAAUUGAAGCAGCAGAAGCUAGGCUUCAUAAGGAUCAUUCGCCUGAAAACAACAAUGGAGAGCUAGGGGGACACGAACAGGCACGUAAAUGCCAGAAUUGGUCAAUCACUGGACACUCAGUGCAAAGAUCUGCUCAGGAGGCUACUGGUUAUGUUGAAGAAGAAGGACUUGUGGCAAACAGCAAGUGCGGUUUAUCUAGUUCUGCUAUAAGCGGGGAAGUAUGCAAACAUGUUUGAGAUUGAUUUUAAUUAUCUUUUGUGGAAUAUUUCGUUUUAAUAAGAUAGCACCGAAGAAAACAUUCAUCUCGAUUUUUCUAGAUAUGAAAAUUUCAGGUAAAGUUUGUUUA